UGUGUGCGUUGUGGGGGGAAAUGGUGUGGGGAUUCAUAAUCUAAUAUGAUUUUGAACACUCCCCGCUAUGAGGGAAUUAUCUUCAGCAGCAGUGCUAUGGGAUACAUAACAAUGCGCAAAUCAUAUCAGUACAAAAUACAGAGAAAGAAGAAUCACAAUUACAAGAUCAAGCUGCCCCCAGUGCAGAGAGACCUUCACCCCAAGGCCUGUUUUUAAGAAAAACACCAUGCUGGCUGAAGUGGUGGAGAAACUGAAGAUAGAACUCCAAGCUGCUCCUCCUGCUCAUUGUUACGCUGGACCUGGUGACGUGGCGUGUGAUUUCUGCACUGGGAAAAAGCGCAAAGCCAUCAAGUCCUGUCUGGUGUGUCUGGCCUCUUACUGUGAAACUCACCUUCAGCCUCACUAUGAAUCUCCUGCCUUUAAGAAGCACAAACUGGUGAAAGCCACUGGAAACCUGCAGGAAAAGAUCUGCUCUCAUCAUGACAAAGUUCUGGAGAUUUACUGUUGUACCGAUCAGCAGUGUAUCUGUUAUAUGUGUACAAUGGAUGAACACAGAGGCCAUGAUACAGUCUCAGCUGCAGCAGAAAGGACUGAGAAACAGAAGCAGCUGGGGGCGACACAGAGUAAAUUCCAGCAGAGAAUCCAGGAGAGAGAGAAGGAGCUGCAGGAUCUGAGACAGGCUGUGCAGUCACUCAAGGAAGGAGUGCAGGACAGUGAGAUAGUUGUAAUUGAGCUGAUCCACUCCAUUGAGAGAAGGCACUUUGAGGUGAAAGAGCUGAUCAGAGAUCAGGAGAAGGCUGAAGUGAGUCAGGCUGAAGGACUCCUGGAGCGACUGGAGCAGGAGAUUGCUGAGCUGAGGAGGAGAGACGCUGAGCUGGAGCAGCUUUCACACACAGAGGAUCACAUCCAUUUCCUCCAGAGCUGGCAAUCUCUCUGUGCCCCUCCUGGACCUGGAGACUUACCCAGCAUCACUGUCAGUCCACACGUCUCUUUUGAGGCUGUGAGGAAAUCUGUAUCUGAGCUGAAAGAACGACUGAAGGACAUCUGCAAGGUGGAAUUAGUCAAGAUCUCACAAAUAGAUGCAUGUCAGCUCACACUGGACCACAACACAGCACACAGAAACCUCCGUCUGUCUGAGGGGAACAGAGAGGUGACCCAUGUGAGAGAGAUCCAGUCCUAUCCUGAUCAUCCAGAAAGAUUUGACUGUUGGGAGCAAGUGCUUGGCAGAGAGGGUCUGUCUGGACGCUGUUACUGGGAGGCUGAGUGGAGUGGAGAUGGGGUUUAUAUAGCAGUGUCGUAUAAAGAGAUCAGCAGGAAAGGAGGUAGUCAUGACUCUGGUCUGGGAUAUAAUAACAAGUCCUGGAGUUUGCGCUGCUCUCCUUCAAGUUUGUAUUUCUGGCACAAUAAUGAGAGCACUAAAAUCCCUGUUCCUCCCUCCUCCAAAAUAGGAGUGUACCUGGAUCACAGGGCAGGAACUCUGUCCUUCUACAGCGUCUCUAACACAAUGACCCUCCUGCACAGAGUCCAGACCACAUUCACUCAUCCCCUCUAUCCUGGGUUUUGGGUUUAUAGAUCAUAUGUAAAACUGUCAUUAAAUAUGAUAGAAAGAGAUUUUUAGGGGCCUAAGUACUUACAGAGUGCAGAGUGAGGCAUCCCAAGUAUUUUAAAAUAAUAUAGUGUUACCUUCGGUCAGCAGACAGAUUGUUUGUAAUGAUUGUGUUCUGUGUUCCCCUGUGUUCUUGUGAUUAUUAGUAUGAUUUUUUCUAUUAGUCUUGUCACCUAUGUCUUGUUAGUUUAGUUCUUCUGUUCAGCUAUGUUUUGUUUUGUUAAAAAAAAUGAUCUCAACUAGGCUUCAGAACAGGGAACCCAAUAGCAACACCACAGGAAUAAAGUUAAACGAGGGUCAAGUCACAUGUUCCAAUACUUUUGCUCACCUAAAAAUUGGGUGGUCUGAUACUAAUUGUGAUUUUUUCUAAGCUGUUUAACAAAUCUAGAUGAAAAAUACCAGGAAAUAAGAGCUAAAUUCGGGUCUGUCAUCUCAUGGACAUCUUUUGACUUCAAACUCAAUUGUCUUCAGUGUAUAAAAAAACAAGGGAAUUUAAUUUGCUGUUCCAAUACUUUAGGAGGGGACUGUAUUGCUCUCGUUUCAUAUUUCAGUGCUCAGUCUUGAGUUUCUUUUGACUGCUGUCUCAAGGUUUUGUGUCUUAUUAUUGCAGUUUAUUAAUUUACAUGUUCCUUUGUUUUGUUAGUUCAGAGCGUUUGUUUGUAUUUUUCAAGUUUUGCUGCUUUUCUCCCCCUUCUCUGCCUCGGGCUGGUUCUCUGCUCUUGGGUCCCCACCUCAGGUCACCACCAUCAAACCUUCAAAGAAUGUAAUUGAUUUAGAUUAAUUUUUAUUUGCAUUUUUUUCUUGAGAAAGAAACUGUGCAGUAGGCAUUUCUGUAUUACACAUUUGAAAGUGAAAAUAGUUUUUUUCAUGCAAUUAAUAUUUGAUUCCAUAUAA